AGUUGAGCUGGUUCGGGCAUCUGACAAGGAUGCCUCCUGGGUGCUUCCUGGGUGAGGUAUUCUGGGCAUGUCCCACUGAGAGGAGGCCCCGGGGCAGAACCAGGACAUGCUGGAGAGAUUAUAUCACUUGGCUGGCCUGGGAACAUCUUGGUGUUCCCACAGAAAGACUGAAGGAGGUGGCCGGGUAGAGGGAGGUCUAGGCUUCCUUGCUUAGGCUGCUGCCCCUGUGACACAACCCCGGAUCUGGACUGAGGCAGGAUCUCAAGUAUUCUACUCCUACAGCCUGACAAUGGGGACUCUGAACGUUCUGGGCAAUGAUUACAACAAUAACUGUUAUAAAGACUGCUUUUGGCUGUGUCUGCUGAACAGUGGAACCAGUUUUGUUGCUGGGUUUGUUGUCUUCUCUGUACUGGGAUUCGUGGCAGAGAAACAGGGUGUAACUGUGGAUGCUGUGGCUGAGUCAGGUCCAGGUCUGGCCUUCAUUGCUUACCCUCAGGCUACAGCGAUGAUGCCUUUGCCACAGUUUUGGACCGUCUGCUUUUUCCUGAUGCUCAUUCUGCUCAGUGUCGACACACAUUUUGUGACAGUAGAGAGUGUCAUCACCUCCAUCAGUGACUUGUUUCCGACGUUGCUUCGUGCUCCGGUGAGGCAUGAGAUCUUUGUCCUUAUCUUCUGUUCAGCCUUCUUUCUCGUACAUCUGACCAUGGUCACCGAGGGAGGAAUUUACAUAUUCCAGCUUAUUGAUUACUACGGUUGCACCAGAGCUUGUCAGGAUUGUAUGGCUGUUUGUCAGUGUGUGGCUAUAGCCUGGAUUUUUGAUCGAGCGUGACUGAAGCGACGGCCGUAGUCACACCACAUGUGGCCAAUGCCUUCCCAGUGCUUCUGAAAAUACUGGCAUACCAAAGGGUAUUGCUUAAAUGUCUGGCAAAACUCUGCUGAUGUGGCUUUAAAGUCUUCCUCCUAAGAGAAUUGGAUGCAACAGAAUAUAUUUCAAUCCAUUUAACAGACCUAUUGAAAUCUUUAAUAUUAUGUAUUGAAGCCCUUUUCCUUUUAUUGAAUAACAUUAAGAAUUUUAAGUUAUUAAUAAUAUGUUGUGUUUUUGUAUUAAGAAGCAAUUAUUUCUUCCCUUACAAUGGCUAAGAAGGAACACUAAACCUAUAAGCAUAUUUGGUUUCAGCAUCUGUCUGUGAAAGAAUCCCACUCACAAGUUCUACUGCACUGUGGGUGACACAGUGAUGGCCUGCACAGCUUAAGUACUUGUUUUGAUAAGCAAGAUAAGAAGCCAGUUUUAGAAAUCAUUUCAAAAAUCAAUUUUGUAUCUCUCUGUAACUUUUUUUUAGCAACUGAAAGUUAUUAUGCUCUUAGUGUAAUCAAGAAAUCAAAAUGUGAAAUAGACAAAUUACACUUACAGAUGUGCAAGCUUUCAGCUUACAAAAGAAAGAAAUGACUUCAUUUCUCUUUUGGGUGUUAGAAAGCCCAUGGACCCCAGACUCAGAUUUUGAAAGCCAUCGAUUAACAGCCUGUUGAUGUAAGAGAAAAAAAGUUAAUCUGGAGAGAGAGACAGAGGAGCAGCUGUACAAAAAGCAUAAAAGAAAGCUGACGUCCAAAAAUAACUUUGUCACUCACUGGACAAGAGGACCUGUGCAUUACAGAAAUCAACCAGGCAAACAUAUUUUUAAAUGUCAAAAAGAGCUUUGGGAAGCAGCCACCAGAAGAUGAGUGCACAGUGGUCUUAAAUGGAUGGACAUAGUCACUCAACAUUUUAUCCCUUUAUAUUCAUUAACCUGAGUAGGUGAAUAUCACAAUGAGGCAAAUCAUAACAACAGGACGCUGUUGUAAAAAUGUGUUUCAGGUGCAUCUUAGACAACGUGAAAAGAAAACAAUGUGGUUUACCUGCAAGACAUGCAUAGAAGGAUAGCUGACUCUGGAAAAACCUUCUGCAAAGCAUUUAUUUCCGCAAAGUCUUUGUCAACCAUAAAUGCUCUACGGAAAAAAAGAAAACACUAAAUGAGAUUAAACAGUAUGAAAAUGUUUUUGCUAUCUCAAAGCACCACUUCAAUGCCAAAUUAAACAUUUCAACUCACAAGUAGAUAUAUAAAAUACUGCAUACAGCCUAUAGGAAUAACUUUAACAACUGGAAAGGAAAGUUUUUUGCAGCCCAUGCUGCAGCUAUAGCAUUAGAUUCUGGGAUGUUAUAACUUUUUUGAAAAGGAAUUAUUUCAAAAUUAAUAGCUGUCAAUGUAUUAUUUACCUCAGGGAAGUUGGUAAAUGCUCACAAACUAUUCCAAGAACAGUUUCCAGGGUUUUCUGACUUUCAUUGCUGACAAUAGCAUAGGCCACAGGGACUCCACGCCCAUGACCAUCUCUUACAACAAGUGUGAAUAAGGGAAAUGAAUACUGGUUAACACAAUGUGUGGUGUCAACAAAUACUAACUGUUUUGCAUAGUUCUCCAUGUUUGAUUUCAUUACAGGUGUCUGCAAAACAAUCAUUAGUUCUUGGUCAGAUGUGUAUGGUUGAUAGAAGAGAACAUGUUCUUGAUGUUUUCCAUUAAGUAACGUAUGUACACUUUGACAGUUAAAGUGCUUCUUCCUCAUCAUGCAGGUUCUAACACUGUCAAUGUCAUGUGGUGUGACAAAAUGCUCUCUGUUGUGAAGAUCUCUGUGUCCAUGUUCUUUGGCCCAUUUAUGACAUUCGGUUAGUAUGAUGGCUGGCUUAGUUCCAAGGGAAAGCAGUUCCUCAAUCUUCCUCCUCAAAUCACUGGAAAUAUUGUUGAAAUGUGCGUCUUUUGGGUCCGAAGGAUCAUGCCCAUCAUGCUUAUCAUAUGUACGCUGCACGAUGACUGUGUGGUCUUUCCAACAUUUGAGUACUUUAAAUGAAACAUAGGCCUUACAGCCCACUGCUCUGUAGCUGUUUCGACUUUUUUUUUUCCAGCUCUGAUGCAGUUGAAUUUGUAAUAGUCUCUUUUCCUGUCUUUACCUGAGGCCACAUUUAAACAUUCAUAAUGUCCAUGAAGGGUUAAUGAGUUCAAUUUUUCUAACACAACACUGAAUGGGUCCUCCUGGCAUUGUGACACAUGCACACAAAGUUGUGUAUCUUCUCCAGUUCUUUUUUUUUUGUCAUUCAGGACACUUCUUCUAAUUAUAUCGUCCAUUUCUGGUGGAAAAAUAACAAAGGUUUAAUUAGUCAAUAUUCAUUAAUUCAUUUUAACUUGUUUUGGGGUUUUUUGCAAUACAAUGUAAAUAUUAAAUAUAAUAUUAAAACAA